AUGGCUACGAUCAACACCAGGACCGGUCAGGUCGUUGACCGGAGUGUUUUGGACUCUAUGCUGCGCCGCCGCCUCUUCUACACCCCAUCCUUCGAGAUUUAUGGCGGUGUCUCCGGUCUCUACGACUAUGGCCCACCCGGCUGUGCCGUCCUGAACAACAUUGUCGACCUGUGGCGCAAGCACUUCGUGCUGGAGGAGGAUAUGCUCGAGGUCGACUGCACAAUGCUGACCCCGCAUGAUAUUCUCAAAACCAGUGGUCACGUCGAGAAGUUUGCCGAUUGGAUGUGCAAGGAUCCCAAGACCGGUGAGAUCUUCCGCGCUGACCACCUGGUCGAGGAAGUGCUCGAGAGCCGCCUGAAGGGCGACAAGGAGGCUCGUGGCCAGAAGGUUGAGGUGGACGAAGAGAAGGAAGCUAAGAAGAAGCGCAAGUCCAAGCAGACCAAGGCUGUCAAGCUGGAUGAUGCUGUCGUCAAGGAGUACGAAGAAGUCCUGGCUCAAAUUGACAACUUCGACGGCCCUGCUCUCGAGAAGAUCAUCGCCAAGUACGAUAUCCGCAACCCGACCACCGAUGGCAACCUCCUUCCUCCAGUGGCCUUCAACCUGAUGUUCCAGACCUCCAUUGGUCCUAGCAGCAACAUGCCUGGUUUCCUGCGCCCCGAAACCGCCCAGGGUCAGUUCCUCAACUUCCACAAGCUGUUGGACUUCAACCAGCAAUCCAUGCCGUUCGCCUCUGCCUCGAUCGGCAAGUCUUUCCGUAACGAGAUUUCUCCCCGCGCCGGUCUGCUGCGCGUGCGUGAAUUCCUCAUGGCCGAAAUCGAACAUUUUGUUGACCCCGAGGGCGGCAAGAAGCACUCCCGCUUCGCCGAAGUCAAGGACGUUGAGUUGUCCCUGCUCAACCGUGACGUGCAGCUGUCCGGACGCACUCAAACCGAGAAGAUGACCAUUGGCAAGGCCGUGGAGUCCGGACUGGUGGACAACGAAACCCUGGGUUAUUUCUUGGCUCGUAUCCAGCUUUUCCUGCUCAAGCUCGGUGUGGACCCCAGCAAGCUUCGUUUCCGCCAGCACAUGGCCAACGAAAUGGCCCACUAUGCUGCUGACUGCUGGGACGCUGAACUGCAAACCAGCUACGGCUGGAUCGAGUGUGUCGGCUGCGCCGACCGCAGCGCUUACGAUUUGACGGUGCACAAGAACAAGACUGGUGCGCCUCUGGUUGUGCGCGAGCCUCGCGCUGAGCCCUUGAAGAUUGAGGAGUGGCAGAUUGAUCUGGACAAGAAGAAAUUCGGCCCCCGUUUCAAGAAGGAUGGUAAGACUGUUGAGGCCGCUAUUGAGGCCCUCUCUCAGGAUAUGCGGGAGAAGCUCUCUCUGGAUUUGACACAGAACGGCAAGAUUGAGGUGCCCGUCGAAGGUGUCGGUGCCGGCUCGGUCGAGCUGGACAGCGAGCUGAUCAAGAUUGAGAAGCGCACUCGGGUGGAGAACGUGCGCGAGUACACUCCUAACGUCAUUGAGCCGUCCUUCGGUAUUGGCCGUAUUUUGUACAGCAUGAUGGAGCACGUCUACUGGUCUCGUGAGGGUGAUGAAGCUCGUGGUGUUCUGUCCUUCCCCCCCGCGAUUGCUCCGACCAAGGUGUUGAUUGUCCCUCUGUCGACGCACGCCUCCUUCGCGCCCCUUAGCCAACGGCUGAUGAUGUCCCUCCGCCGGAUGGGUAUCUCCAACCGGGUGGAUGAUUCAUCCGCUAGCAUUGGUAAGCGCUACGCGCGCAAUGAUGAGUUGGGCACCCCCUUCGGUAUCACUGUCGAUUUCCAGUCGGUCAAGGACCAGACGUUCACUCUUCGUGACCGCGACUCGACGAAGCAAGUUCGUGCCAGUGAAGCGGAGAUCUUGCAGGCCCUCAAGGCUCUCGUCGAUGGCGAGGAGACUUGGGAGGACGUCCGCAAGCGUCUGCCUGAGUUCACAGGCCAGGAGGUUGAUUAG